AUGCGCAGUAAUUCACAUCAGAUUGAUGAAAUACCAUUGAUAAAAAAGGGGUUACGGAAGUUUGCGUACGUUUGAGAUUUAGAUUUCCCCCUUACUUCCUGUAAUGGGGUUAUCCAAAACUCUUAUCCAAGCCCUGUCCAACAAGAUCUGCGAAUAUUUGUUCUCGUUGAGUUGGACGCAUUAGCGGCAGGCAGCGGAUGGAUUUCAGAUUCUUUAUACAGCGUUGCAGUUUAUUGGAUGUAUGUGAAUAGGCUACUCGAGAAGUUGCUAAAAUGUUUGUUUACUAUCUGUCAUUUAGGAGUUAUGCAUCGGCGGGCUUGGAGUUAGAAAUGAUCGUAGGUCUGUAAAUGCGCUUGCAAGCAGCGAUAGUUACUGGACUGCUGCUAAAGUACUGUGGCUAUUUAUCUUAGUGGUGUUACUGUACCAAACGUGACAUUUUGGAGCUACGGUUUUGAAGACAACUGUACGUUUCGUGCCAAGAUGGAAAAACAUCGCAAACUUUAUUGUGUGCUGACUCUCAUGUCAUGCAUAAAACGCUGUCUUUUUUUCAAUCUGGAUAUCGACAAUCCGUCAAUUUAUUCUGGGCCAAGUGGAAGUUAUUUUGGAUUUUCCGUGGAUUUCUUCAAACCCGAUGACAAACAAUUAAACAUUCUGGUAGGGGCCCCCCGGGCAAACACGUCUGUUUCGGCCGUAGUAGAGCGUGGAGCCGUGUACAGCUGCCCCUGGAAAACAAGCAAAGGCUGUCGACAGUUGGAGUUCGACAACACAGAUGACCGGAAGAAUGGUAAAGGGGAGCAGAUGGAGUUCAAGUCCAACCAGUGGUUUGGAGCCACAGUGCGCUCAGAAGGAGAACACAUCCUGGCCUGUGCACCCCUGUACCAGUGGAGCACCUUUGCCUUCACAGAGAGGGAACCCGUCGGAACAUGCUUUCUGAAGACCGCUGGAGAGGUGGUGGAGUAUUCCCCCUGUCGAACAGCUUCAAACUCUCCGGAAGGGCAAGGAUUCUGUCAGGCAGGAUUCAGUGCUGACUUUGUGAAGAACAACAGAGUUGUGGUUGGAGGACCUGGGAGCUUUUAUUGGCAAGGGCAACUGAUCUCUGAUGAUAUUUCUGAAAUCGUAAGCAGAUACAAUAAUAAAUUCUACACCCCGUAUGGUAAUCAGCUGUCCACGAAGCCAUCCAGUGCUCAGUUUGAUGAUAGCUACUUGGGCUACUCUGUCACUGUGGGUGAUUUUAAUGGAGACGGGGAUGAUGAUUACAUCACCGGGGUUCCCAGAGGGCACAAGGCCUUAGGCUACGUGAACAUUUUCAACGGGAAGAACAUGGAGUCCAUGGUCAACUUCACUGGGCUGCAGAUGGCCGCGUAUUUUGGACACUCGGUGGCGGCGACGGACAUCAACGGCGACGGAGCGAUGGACCUCUUUGUGGGCGCCCCUCUCUUUAUGGACCGCGGGUCGGAUGGGAAGCUGAGGGAAGUGGGCCAGGUGUACGUGUACCUGGGGAAGGGCGGGUUCUCCUUCCACGACCCCCUGAGGCUGACGGGCGCCGAGGUCUACUCGCGCUUCGGCAGCUCCAUCGCCCCCCUGGGGGACCUGGACAUGGACGGUUUCCAUGACAUCGCCAUCGCCGCGCCCUACGGGGGGCCGGAUCACAGGGGGCUGGUGUACGUGUAUAACGGCCGGGCCUCGGGUCCGGAGGGGGGGCCCUCCCAGGUGCUGGAGGGGAAGUGGGCCUCCUCCUCCAUGCCCCCCAGCUUUGGGUACGCCAUGCACGGGGCUACCGACAUCGACCUGAACGGGUACCCAGACCUGAUUGUUGGUGCUUUCGGAGCUGACAAAGCAGUGCUGUACAGGGCCCGUCCGGUCGUCAGUGUAAACACCACCCUGGACAUCAGUCCCCAGGUCCUGAACCCCGAGGAGAAGUCCUGCCCCCUGUUCGGCACGUCUAACACCGUGUCCUGCUUUAGAGUGAAAUACUGCUUACAGGCCCGUGGAAAAGGAGCUCCGUCUAUACUGCACUUCCAGGUGCAGCUGGUGCUGGACAGACUCAAACACAAGGGGGCGAUAAAGAGGGCACUCUUCCUGCACAGCAGAGUCUCCCAGUACUCCAAGAACAUGACUGUCCUCAAUAACAGAGGGCCAGCCUGCGAGGAGCUGGAGGCCUAUUUAAUAAAUGACUCCGAGUUCAGGGAUAAGAUCACGCCCAUCACAGUCUUCAUGGGGUACAGCCUGGACUUGAAGACCGCUGCCGACAGAACCGGGCUGCUCCCCAUCCUGGACCAGUCCACCCCGUCCAACGUGUCCAGACAGGCCCACAUCCUGUUGGAUUGUGGGAAGGACAAUAUCUGUAAGCCUGACCUGAAGCUGGCAGUAAUCAGUGACCAGACGCAGAUCUACAUCGGCGACGACAACCCGUUGACGCUGGAGGUGGCGGCGGAGAACAGCGGGGAGGGGGCGUACGAGGCGGAGCUGUACGUCUUCAUGCCCCCCCAGGCCGAAUUCAUCGGGGUCGUGCGCAACAGCGAGACUCUGUCGAGACUGUCCUGCGCAUACAAGAGAGAGAACCAGACUAGACAGGUGGUCUGUGACCUGGGGAACCCAAUGAAAGAAGGAACUAAACUGUUGGCAGGACUGCGUUUUAGUGUACACCAGCUCUCUGAACAGGACACCUCCAUCACCUUCCACCUGCAGAUCCGAAGUUCCAACCAGUUUAACAAUACCAGCAGCCUGGUGUCUGUUCUCACACAGCUUGCAGUUUUAGCCAAAGUUGAAAUUCGAGGGGUUUCAGCUCCUGAUCAGGUUUUCCUUCCCAUCGCUAACUGGCACCCCAAAGAGGACCCAGUGCUGGAGGACGACAUCGGCCCCCUCGUCCAGCACGUCUAUGAGCUCCGGAACAACGGCCCGAGUACGUUCAGCAAGGCCAUCCUGGACAUCGCCUGGCCCUACGGGAUCCGAAACGGCUCCCUCCUCUACAUCACAAAGUACCAGGUGGACGGGCCCAUGAAGUGCAGCACGGACAUGGUCAUCAACCCCCUCAACGUCCUGGUGUGUUUCCGGAAAGUUCUCCACGCGCCCAGGGGGGGCCGGGCCGACGGGAGGAAGCCCAAUCGCCUGCACCGGCGGGAGCUGGAGCAGAAACCGCUGGGCAGAGACCUGGAGACGCUGGACUGUGCCAGAGCGAAGUGUCUGAAGAUCAAGUGUCAGGUGGGGCGCCUGGAGAGGGGCAGGAGCGCCAUCCUCUUCAUCCGCGCGCGGCUGGGCGUCGCCACCUUCCUCACGGCUGAGAGUCAGAACCACUCCUUCAACGUGAGGUCAACGGCGACCUUCAGCGUGAUAGAAAUGCCCUAUACGAAGCUGGUGUCAGAGCUCCCGUCAAACUCCACCCAGGUGAACACGGCCGUCAUCUGGGUGACGACGGACUCCGCACUGCCAGUUCCUGGAUGGGUCACCACCCUGGCCGUGCUGGCGGGCCUCCUGCUGCUGGCACUGCUCAUCUUCAUCAUGUACAAGAUGGGUUUUUUCAACAGGGUGCGCCCCCCCCAGGAAGACUGCAUAGAGAAGGUGCAGCUGCAGCCCCACGAGAACGGCGACGGGGUUGUCGAGGCCUGACGGGGGGGGUCUGUGUGUCCCGACUCCCAGUGCCCCCCCCCCCCCCC